AUGAAAUUCUCCUGGUGGAUUGGAUUAUUACUCGCUCUAUCUUUGGUCUCGGACCCCUGUCACGCAAGCACUAUCGGUGAAAGAGUAAAAAACUUUUUUGGUAUUUUUGGUAAUAAACCACCAAACGCUGCAGAAGCGCCUGGGCCAUGUUAUUGCAGCUGUGGCCUGCGGAACGAAGAAAGUCGAAUAGUUGGCGGUCAAACAACUCAUAUGAAUGAGUUCCCAUGGAUGGCCAGACUUUCAUACCUGAACAAGUUUUAUUGCGGAGGAACACUAAUAAACGACCGUUAUGUCCUUACCGCGGCUCACUGCGUGAAAGGGUUCAUGUGGUUCAUGAUCAAGGUAACGUUCGGUGAACAUGAUAGAUGUCUCGAGAAGGGAGCCGAAACCAGAUACGUGAUCAGAGUGCUAACCGGUGACUUUAGCUUCCUGAAUUUCGACAACGAUAUUGCUCUGUUGCGCCUUAAUGAAAGGAUACCCAUGAGCGACACCAUAAGACCUAUAUGCCUGCCGUCUGUAAGAGAUAACCUGUACGUCGGGACGAAAGCAAUCGCAUCCGGCUGGGGUACGUUGCACGAGGAUGGAAAACCUUCUUGCCUGCUGCAGGAAGUCGAAGUACCGGUUAUGAGCCUUCGGGAGUGCCGCAAUACCAGCUACAGCCCUCGCAUGAUUUCCGAUAACAUGAUGUGCGCUGGAUAUCCCGAUGGCAAGAAGGAUUCUUGUCAAGGUGACAGUGGAGGACCGCUUAUAACUGAACGAGAGGACAAGAAAUACGAACUUAUAGGUAUAGUAUCCUGGGGGAACGGAUGUGCCCGACCAGGAUAUCCUGGUGUUUACACAAGAGUCACGCGAUAUAUAGAUUGGAUCGUUUAUCAUUCGCGAGAGGGAUGUUUUUGUGAUCAAAAUUGA